UCGCUCGGCCUCCCGCUGCCGGUCGCCCGGCGGCCCGCUGCGGAGGGACCGGGCCACGGCCCGCUGUCCCUCCUAAAGUCUCCUGGGGUCGAGCCUCUGGGACCCCGACCCCUCCCCCGGGUCCCGUGUUCGGGUGAUCCCCGGCUGCCCGGGUUCACCUCCAUCUCGCCUCCACCUCAUCUCGGGACGCGAACCUUUGUGAAAGUGUAAGGCACAUUCUCUGUAGGUCCAGGCAGGAGCCAGCGUGCUGGGCUUUGGCUGGAAUUAGUUGGAUAAGGUAUCCUUGGAGCCUGGGGCGAGUUGUUACUUGCCUGCAGGCUACAGAGCAAGGAAGAAAACAGUGUUUCAGAGGCUGAUCUUGGAGAAGGUCUGGAGUCAAGACCACGCUGGCUGGCUGUUUAUCUGAACCUUCUGUAAAACAGGACUUGGAAGAAAGGGCAUCCAGCUCUCAUGUACGAAUGUAAGUCUGGUGCAUCAUUAACCUAAGGACCUCACCAACUGGACGUUACAGUUUGUAUCAUCAACCUGCCUUAUCCUCUUUGGUCUGGUUCUCUUCGAGAAGUGGCAACAUCUUUCCUUCAAGCUGCGUUUGUUGCAGAGUUAAGUAAAUGGCUGAUAGUGGCUUGAGUAAAACAUCCACAGAAUGCCCCAAGUGUUCAUCUACUCUUCAGAAUGAAGAGCAUUCUGCGUGUUCCUGUAAAACAAAUGCUUCUUCAAUUUUGGUGGUGGAAAUGUCACAGACAUCGAGCAUUGCGAGUACAGAACUUUUACCAGAGAGAAAAAAAGAAAAAAAUACCAACAGAGACAUUACCUCUGGGAAGGAGUUGCCCUUAAGAACCGCAAAUAUAGAGAGAAAAUCAUCUCAACAGCAAUGGAGUCGGGGCAACUUUACAGAAGGAAAAGUUCCUCACAUCCGGAUGGACAAUGGAGCUGCUAUUGAGGAAAUUUAUACUUUUGGAAGAAUCCUGGGACAAGGGAGCUUUGGAAUGGUCAUUGAAGCUACAGACAAGGAAACAGAAACUAAGUGGGCAAUUAAAAAAGUGAACAAAGAAAAGGCUGGAAGCUCGGCUGUGAAGUUACUUGAACGGGAGGUGAAUAUCCUAAAAAGUGUAAAACAUGAACACAUCAUACAUCUGGAACAAGUGUUUGAGACGCCUAAGAAAAUGUACCUCGUGAUGGAACUCUGUGAGGAUGGAGAACUCAAAGGCAUUCUGGAUAGGAAAGGGCAUUUCUCAGAGAAUGAGACAAGGUGGAUCAUUCAGAGUCUUGCAUCAGCUAUAGCCUAUCUUCACAGUAAUGAUAUAGUACAUAGAGAUCUAAAACUGGAAAACGUAAUGGUCAAAAGCAGUUUCAUUGAUGCUAACAAUGAAAUGACCUUAAACAUAAAGGUGACUGAUUUUGGCUUGGCAGUGAAGAAGCACGGAAGGAGUGAAGCCAUGCUGCAGACCACUUGUGGGACUCCCAUCUAUAUGGCUCCUGAAGUUAUCAACGCCCAUGAGUACAGCCAGCAGUGUGACAUUUGGAGCAUAGGUGUCAUAAUGUACACCCUAUUAUGUGGAGAACCACCCUUUUUGGCAAACUCAGAAGAGAAGCUUUUUGAAUUAAUAAGAAAGGGAGAACUACAUUUUGAAGAUCCAGUCUGGAAUUCCAUAAGUGAUUGUGCUAAAAGUGUUUUGAAACAACUUUUGAAAGUAGAUCCUGCUCACAGAAUCACAGCUAAGGAACUACUAGAUAACCAGUGGUUAACAGGUAAUAUGCUGUCUUCGGUGAGGCCAACCAAUGUACUAGAAAUGAUGAAAGAAUGGAAAAAUAAUCCAGAAAGUGAUGAGGAAAACACAAAUCCAUCCGCUCAAGAAACAUUGAAAAGUUACCAACCCAAGGGAAAUGUCCAUGAUGUCAAUUCUUUGGAUGAAGAGCACGACAAACAGUCUACUGCUGAUGAAAAGAAAUCGUCUACGGCCAGUAAGAAGACAGAUGUGGACAACUUUGACAUGGGCUGUUCCACAUUUAGCAAGUUCUUCCCAGUUGAAAUCAAGGGAGAAGUAGAGAAAACCACUGUGACUCCAAGCCAAACAGUAACAGCCAAAUACGUUGCUAAAUCCACUGCCCUGUCUAGAGCCAAAAAGAAACUCUAAGGUUCCCUCCUGCGCCGCACGGUAUAAAACAAAGCUGCUCUUUCUAGUGCUAAAAUGAGGGGAUAUGAGGGGAAGAACAGCACUGUAUCUCGCUUGUAGCCUUUUAGCGCCGUUGAGCCCUGCCAUGUAUUUGUACCAGUUACAAUUGAAGCUAGUUAUCUGCAAAACAGCAUGAACCACACAUGGUAUUAAAGGAAGCCACCAGCAGGCUUGAUGGCAGGUUGCAGAGAAACCACCUCAGGCUGUAUGCAAGGGUUGCUGAGGGGCAGAUGCCUUCUUUGCAAAGCCGUGAGCACACUUGCUCUGUUUUACUUCCAGUUCUUAUAUUUAGGCGCAAUUAUUUAUGGGGAGAACAAGAGGCCAAAUAUGGCAAUGGAGGUUUCAAAUAAUUAUGUGCACUUUGCACUAGAAGACUUUGUUAUAAAAUUACUAAUAAACUUGCCAUAGGCAUUACAGCAGAAGUGCUUCAUCAUUACACAUGUUCUUGUGAUUUUAGGUUGCUAUAGAUUGUUUAAGACAACUUAACUUUAAAUGUUAAAAAAAUAGAUUUUAUAACUGCUUGCCAUUAACUUGCUGCUAAAUUC